AUGGGGAGGAAGCAGAGGCGGGCGGUCAUGAGGACUGUUCGGGACACUUUGCGGCUCGGCCGAAGUGACGCCUUGAUCGCCAAACCAGAUCAAGGCAGGGCCGUCGAGUGUGCCGCCGCCCACGCGGCCUCAUCGCACUUUUUGAAGGAGGGCGACUUCACGAGGUUCGCCGAUUGGCGUUUUGUCCAUCGCGCUAGGCUGAACCUCGUACCGCUAAAUGGCUCUUCGUCAUGGAGGGUCGGUGACUGCAGGUGUCGACGGUGUGGGUAUACAAAUGAAAGCCUAGCCCACGUCGUCGAUCACUGUAUGCGUUACACCGGCCUGUACAUGGCGAGGCACAAUAGCGUUGUCGCCCGAAUCAAGAAGGCGGCGUCCGCGAGGUUUGAGGUCCUCUCCGAGAACCAAGCCCUGGGUGACCAGGGUUUGAGACCGGAUUUAGUUCUGAAGAAGGGCCCAAACAUCUAUAUCGUGGAUGUAACAGUCCCCUUUGAUAACCGCCUCGCUGCAUUUGAAGUGGCGGUGGCGGAAAAACGAGCAAAAUACGAGGAGCUUAGGGCUUGGCUCGCGGCGCGACAUGGGUGCGAGGCGGUGGUAGUUCCUUUUAUUGUGGGUGCCCUUGGCUCUUGGGACCCGGCCAAUGACGCCUUCCUGAAGAAAUUAUGUAGUCGUUCGUAUGGUACCCUGUUCCGGAAGUUGUGCGUCAGCGACGCCAUUGCAGCUUCCAGAGACAUUUAUAUUGAACACUUGUCCGGGGUCCGACAGGUCAGGGAGUUGCCCUCGUGA